GUCCCCCUCCGGCGUGUUCCUCAUCUUCUUGGCCAGCUGUCACUUCGUUAAACAAAUCUCACCAGUGUACAAACUUUUUUUUCCGGUGGUUUCUCUAUCUUCGGCAGCCUUUUGGUGGUGUUCUCUGUCUCCGGCGGCGGAUUCCAUCUCCGGCGAGACCUCCAAAGCAACAAAAAAUCAAGACACUGCAUGUCAAAUUGCAUUGCCGUCUGCUACUCACGUUCAAAGCGGUCAUAUAAUUCAUACUCAGGAUUCCAUUGCUUUAGCAUCGACAAUGGCUCAACCUUUGGAUGGUCACCAUGAAACUAUUCUUUUUCAGGGUCCUUUGUCGAUUGAUCCAAUAAAUGAGUUAUCCAUAUUGGUAAGCCAACAAAAAUAUGAAGAUGCUUUCACUACAACCAUACGUAGAGGUGAUAUGUCACUUUUGAGUUGGCUAUGCUAUAAGGUUAAUUUGCAGUGGGUCUUGACUAUAGAUCCUCUCCCUUUCAGCCAAGUAGUGUUGCUCCACUUGUUGCGGCAAUUAAGAUAUUGUAUAAAUAUCAAUUCAGCCCAGAAAUUUGUUUGGAUGACAGAUGUUGCUAAUGCUAUAAUCCCAACUGACCCAUCAAUUGCAGUAUAUGUGCGGCCUAUCUAUAAUGAAAUAUAUGCCAUACUCAACAAUCCACGUAACUUGCCCACAAUUACUGGUGCAGAGCUCGAAAGUUUCCGUCUUUUGAUGCAGGUCAUUACUUCCACAUUAGGAAGUCAUGUAUGAUUUUUAUGGAACAAUGUAAUAGUUGAAUUUGUGGACAUUUACGUUCCAUUGUUAUGGAUCACUCUUUUUGGA